GAGACCUGCAGUGACACACAUCGAGCAGUUCCCGGGUAUGAGCGUGGCGGUGCUCAGCCUGAACACUGUCAACAACGCCGACACGGGCGACAUGACCAAGAAGAGUACCAUUGAUUUCUGGGCCGCUGCCAUCCAGGUAGGCAAGGUACUACGCCUGGUGGCGGGCCAGCCGUGCGAGAGGUGGAGCGCAGCCAGGUGGAAGGAGGUGACGGAGGGUCUGCAGUCGCGGCCGCUCCGCACACAACAUCUGCCCUGGGGCAUCGCGGCCGCCACGGCGCGCGAAAGCAGGCAGCUCGACCUCGGCAACGCGCUCUACAGGACGACCAUCAUGAUGGCGGCCACCUGCCUGGCCUUCGGCAUCAGCGCCAUAGUGGAGCAUCCUGCGCCGCCAGCAUGGGAGCCCAGGUGCCCAUCGUCGUGGCACAUGCGCGAGACCCUAUGGCUUCUGAGCCAUCGUGCCGCGCAGCUGAUCCUGAUCGACCAGUGCCAGUUCGGCGCCAAGGACAAGAAGCCGAAAGGUCAAGGACUUCUUCCGCUGGACCCCAACCUGGAGUUCAGGGUGGGGCGCGACUGCGCUCUACACAACUCGCUCGUGCUGGACGGCUCUAGGGCGGCUGAGAAUCCCGGCUGA